CAUCAGCCAGCCCACUUGCUGCGGUUGCUGCUGCUGCCGCCGCCACCAGAAGCUCUGAGCUCUGUGCUGAGGGCACCAGGCACUAACACUUCGCCCUUGUUGGGAGAACAGAGAGAGGCUCUUGUCCACUGCCUGUGCUGGGCAACAACUGCUGCUUCUCCUAGAGGCCUCUCCUCGGGGCUGCACAGCUGCAGAAUGGCUUCCAGCCCAGCCGGGAUCUCUAGCCCCCAGCCAUCCACGGCCAAUGGGAACAUCAACCUGGGGCCUUCAGCCAACCCAAAUGCCCGGCCCACAGAUUUUGACUUCCUCAAAGUCAUUGGCAAAGGGAACUAUGGGAAGGUCCUACUGGCCAAGCGCAAGUCCGACGGGAUGUUCUAUGCAGUGAAAGUUCUGCAGAAAAAGUCCAUCUUAAAGAACAAAGAGCAGAGCCACAUCAUGGCUGAGCGCAAUGUGCUGCUGAAGAAUGUGCGACACCCCUUCCUCGUGGGCCUGCGCUACUCCUUCCAGACCCCAGAGAAGCUCUACUUUGUGCUUGACUAUGUCAAUGGGGGAGAGCUCUUCUUCCACCUGCAGCGGGAGCGCAGGUUCCUGGAGCCCCGUGCCCGGUUCUAUGCCGCUGAGGUGGCCAGUGCCAUCGGCUACCUGCACUCCCUCAACAUCAUUUACAGGGACCUGAAACCAGAGAACAUUCUCUUGGACUGCCAGGGACAUGUGGUACUGACAGACUUUGGACUCUGCAAGGAAGGUGUAGAGCCUGAGGAGACCACGUCCACCUUCUGUGGCACCCCUGAGUACCUGGCUCCUGAGGUGCUUCGUAAAGAACCUUACGACCGGGCUGUAGAUUGGUGGUGUUUGGGAGCUGUCCUCUAUGAGAUGCUGCAUGGCUUGCCACCCUUCUUCAGCCAAGACGUGGCUCAGAUGUAUGAAAACAUUCUGCACCAGCCACUGCAGAUCCCCGGGGGGCGGACAGUGGCUGCCUGUGACCUCCUGCAUGGCCUUCUCCACAAGGACCAGAGACAGCGGCUGGGCUCCAAGGCAGACUUUCUGGAGAUAAAGAACCAUGUGUUCUUCAGUCCCAUCAACUGGGAGGAUUUGUACCACAAGAGACUGACUCCACCCUUCAACCCAAAUGUGGCUGGACCUGCGGACUUGAAACACUUUGAUCCCGAGUUCACCCAGGAAGCUGUGUCCAAGUCCAUCGGCUGUACUCCUGACACUGUAUCCAGCAGCUCUGGGGCCUCAAGUGCAUUCCUGGGAUUUUCCUAUGCACCAGAGAACGAUGACUUCUUGGACUAAGAGAGAAGCAGCUGUGAAGCCACUGAGGCCACUAGUAACAGAGGGGAUUACCUUCAGCUCCUAGUCCCACACAAAGAGCUGGAUGCUUAAACAAGAAAUGGGUCUUUUUUUUUUUUUUUGGCCAUCCCAGGGACUUGAACUCUGGACCUUAGUGCUUAUCCUUGAGUUUCUUCAAAGGAUAGUGCUCUACACCUUAAGCUACAGUGACAUUUCUGGCCCUUUCUGAGUAGUUUAUUGUAGAUAAGAAUCUUAUGGACUUUCCUGCCCAGGCUGGCUUGGAACUGCAAUCCUCAG